AUGGAGCUUUCAUCAAAUAACACAGAAAUAAUUGCCUGCUGCAUUUUAAUCUUUAGCAGCUUACUGGGAAACGCCAUUCUGAUUUAUUGCACAUGGAGAUGCAUUACAAGACGACUGCCUACAUCUUUUGUUCUCAUCUUCAGCCUUGCCUUUGCCCAUGUUUUGAAGAAUAUUGUUGUCAAUACUAUUAACAUAAUUUUUAGUGCUGGAUUUCCCCCUAAUUCUCUAAUCUGUAAAAUUCGAAUAUUCACUGCAUCCAUGACAACUAAACUGGAAAUCUGGUUUACUCUUUACAUGGCUAUCUUCUACUGUGUUAAGCUCCAACGGGUCAUCCAUCCUCUGAGGGCACCUCCUAAUGGCAAAUGGCGCAAGCAUCACCUGAUCACCGUGUUUGCCUUGUGGGUCAUAGGGAUCUUCGUUUGUUGUCCUUACUUGGUGUUUGUACAUAAUGUGCAAAGUUUGGCCUCAUAUAAUGGUACUUAUCCUGUUCAUCAUAGCUUUCUCUAUGACGAUUGCGAUGUUAGGUUCACAGAUGCCAUAACAGACCUUUAUUACCAUCAGAUAUUUAUGGUUGUUACUGAUUUACUUCCUAUUGUGGUUUUAUUCUUUGUCUGUGGUCGCAUAUUGCUGCUUUUCCAUGAGCAGAGUCGGGCAACUUAUGGCAAUAUAUGGAUUGGGCAUGAUGCUUCGGAGACUGAGGUUCUGCGAGCUUCCAAAGUCAUAGUAAUUUUAAUGCACAUUGUCACAGCAUUGUGGGUGGCCCAUUUUGUCAUAGUUAUGACCAUAAAGGAUGUAAAUGUAUGGUAUUGGAGGUCAACUUUGCUUGUUGUACUAUUUUCUGGAUAUGCUAGCAUCAGUCCUUACUUACUGAUGCUAAUUAAUUACAGAAUCAGUUUACAGAUUAGGUCACUGAGCUCCUUUUGCUGUAAUAACACUAAAACAAACAAACCAUCCAGUGGUGGUCAAAAAUCUACCAGUAUACCUGAGAGUUCCCCUGCUGAAGAUUGA